AUGCUCACUACUUCAUUUGACUGUGUUGUGCUAGAUGGCACCGUUGUUACGGCCGCUGAUGUUGGUCGGUAUGAUAUUGGCAUCAAAGAUGGGAAGAUUGCUAUACUUGCUCCUGCGCGGUCCCUGGCCAUAGCUCGCUCUUCUCGAGUUAUUGACGCCGAGGGUGCAUAUGUUAUGCCAGGCGGCAUUGAUGCGCAUGUCCACUUGGCCGAACCGCGAGGCCAGGGUCAAACGUCCGAUACUUUCACGACAGGAAGCCGCUCUGCUAUUGCUGGUGGCACAACAAGCAUCAUCGCAUUUGCUCCUCAAGAUAAGUCUGAUCCAUCCUUAGUCAAGGCGCUGGAAACAGCGCAAAAGAAAGCCGAAAAUGCUGCAUACUGUGACUAUUCUCUCCACCUUAUGAUAUCCAACCCAAGCCGAGAGGUUCUCGACGAGUUUUCCAUUCUUCGCGAGCGCGGCGUGUCCUCGGCCAAAAUAUUCAUGACCUACGAAUCUAUGCAGCUACGUGACUGCCAGGUCAUGGAUGUCUUGAUGCAGGGCCGCAAAGAUGGAGUAACCGUACUUAUCCAUGCUGAAAACGGCGACAUGCUCACCUGGAUGACUGAGCAACUCGAAAAUCGCCAGUUACUAGAACCGAAAUAUCAUGCCACUUCGCGGCCCCAAAUCCUGGAGAGUGAAGCUACCAGUCGAGCCAUAUGCCUGAGCCAAUUCAUCCACACACCAAUCUUGAUCGUCCACGUUUCCUCGCCGCUAGCCGCAAACGCGAUUCGCGGCGCGCAGACCAACGGAUGGCCUAUUUUUGCCGAAACAUGUCCACAGUAUUUGUUUCUGACCAGGAAAGACCUCGACAAGCUCGGCUUCGAGGGCGCCAAAUGCAUAUGCUCACCCCCGCCCCGCGAGGGUGAGAACGACCUGGAAAGCAUCUGGACAGGGCUGCAAAAUGGAACAUUUACAAUCCUUUCCUCUGAUCAUAGCCCAUACGUUUACGAUGACGAUGUCAAUGGAAAGAAGAUAGCCAUCAAUGGCGACGAACCCCUAGGCCGCUUCCGAAAUGUCCCCAACGGCUGCCCGGGAGUUGAAACACGUCUUCCUUUGGUCUGGAACUCCAACCGUCUCACUCCUCAGAAGUUCGUUGAGGUCGCGAGCACCAACCCAGCCAAAAUGUACGGACUAUAUCCGCAGAAAGGCUCCAUUAUCCCGGGUAUCUCCGAUGCGGAUCUCACGAUCUGGUAUCCAUCUGCUCUGGGACCAUUCCCUAUCACGAAUUCUGCUUUACAUCAUAAUGUGGACUAUACACCGUAUGAAGGGCACAUGGUAACCCAGUGGCCGCGAUACACCCUGCUGCGUGGGGAGGUCGUCUGGGAUCGUGAUAACGGGGGUAUCGUAGGUCAGAAGGGUUACGGGAAGUUUUUGAAGAGAGGGCGCAGUUCGUUUUGCCGUGAACAGUCCGAGUUGGAUUUUACAAAGUUCUAGUUUAUAUACCUUUUGGAGUUUGAGGGCAUGGGGAUAGUAUGAAGAUCACACACACACACACACACACACCAUGACAGAGAAAAGCAAUUCACGAAACCACUGUGUCACUAUUAAGAUUCUGCUGGUGAGCAUAGCAUGUGAUUUAUCGUUAUUGAGAUCUAUGGAAAGAGGGGAGAGAGCCUGGAC